GAAAUGCUUGCAUGGUACUGUUUGAUAACCAGCUUGGCGUUCGCUGUAGGAGGAGGUGUAAACUCCAUAGAAAUCCUGAUUCGGCACCUGUUUUCGCAGUUCGCGUGGAGCUCUUUUUGUUGCGCCGUAACCUAGGAUGGAGACAUGGAUGCCAGCAGAGCAGGUGUUCUGACUGCUCGACUUCCAGAGGACGUGCGCACGCCAGCAUUUAGUAGGAGCAACAGUGAGUUACGCUGUUAGCUCAGUUUCGCUGCAGCAGCAGCAGCUCGAAGGGGUUGUUACAGAGACUGGUGGUAGCACAGCAUACAGACUGUCCUACAGUGGGAUGAUCUCCUAAGCGGCACGGUCCGCAGCCACAGCGCCGUUCGAAAGGGCCCAGAGUCCCCAUUUCACACGGACAAAGGGGGGGUCCUCUAACCCUAACAUGCGGAUCGGCCAGCCUCUAGGGAUUUCGCGAGUACCGAGCGGCGGCUCAGUAGCGGAAUUGGCCGCGUGCGAUUCUGCCGAUGGAAGCCGGAUCAUUGGCUCGUUAUCGGGGUGCUCGUUAUCGGGUUGCUCGAGCUCGCGAGAAGACGACGACCAGUUUCAAGCGGUGCUCAGCUCUGCGACGCUCCAGGAUAGCGAAACCGGGACGAGCAGAGAGAGCGACGAUGGCGAAAGCGACAUCAGCGGGACGACGAGCGAAGAUCGCGACGUGUCGUCGCCGCUUCGCCAGCUCCCGUCGCCAGUGCGGGCUGGUGCGGGGAGAGGGUUGGUGCUGCUGCCAACCCAGCAGCAGCAGCAGCAGCUGCUGCAGGGAAGCUCUUUCUGGGCCUCCCCACUCACAUCCGCAGCUGCAUCCGCAUCCGCAUCAGCCUCAGCCUCCGCCGCCGCGUCCCUAUCAGCAGCAGCCGCGCUUUUAGACUCCGGCGGUAUCUCCCCCAAGCGGAGGAUCGCGCACAAGGCUGGUGGGGGGAAGCUCCAGGGUUCCGCCGCUUGCGCUGCGAAGAAAGCCGAUUCCCGUGGCGGAGCCGUGCGCGGCACUAUGGGGACCCCGCGCGCGGGCGGACUGCUUCCCGCGUCCCUAGGGCUUGCGCGCACGAUCGUGGAGGAGGAGGAGGGGGAUUUACUGGAUAGUGAGACGAGCUCCGAGAUUGCCGAGCCCGUUCCGCGCUCUCCGCUGCGCGUGUUUCCGACGAGCAGCAGCAUGAGCCGCGCGGAAGAGCGGAGCGGCGGAGGGGGAGUGGGGGCGGGUCUUGCGCUGCUGAGCGUGUGGGCGGAAUUAGGGUCGGCGUUUUCCGGGGGUCAAGCGCGAAUGCAACAGCAGCAGCAGCAGCAGCAGCAGCAGCAGCAGAGCCAGCAGCAGCAACAACAGCAGCAGCAGCAGGAGCAGCAGGAGCAGCAGCAGCAGCAGCCGCCGCAGCCGCCGCAGCUGCAGAGCCAACAGCCGGAGAGCCACCAGCAGCCGGCGCUACAAGCGCAGCCACUAAUGCGUAUGGACCGGCAAGAUCCUACGCCGGCGCAUCGAUCCAGUGAUAGUUCCGCGUCCUAUGGCGCGGCCAUGGCGGAUCUGCCCCACCUUUCCGCACUUCAUCCGCUCCGCCACUCAACGGACGGAGCGACCGGCGGAGCGGCGGGGGGCGCGCGGCUCUCUCCGCCCGCUUCCGCCGCGGCGGGCGGAGCAGCAGCGGCGGAAGCAGCUCUCCUGGACGCGGACGCGGGCGGGCAGGCGGAACUGGCGGAGUCGGGGUCGGGGUCAGGCCCGCGGCAGGCGCCGGGGUGCCUGUGCGAGCUGCACCCGUUGCGGAAAGCGCCCGCGCAACAGGCGCAGGCGCAGCAGGAGCGCCAGUCGCAGCAGCAGCAGCAGCACCAACAGCACCAGCAGCAGCAGCAGCAGCAGCAGCAGCAGCAGCAGCAGCAGGGGGGUUGCGAUGACGACGAUUACCCUGCAAGUCCAGGCGCGUACCCGGAAGCUCCCGACUUGAGCCCGCCCGGAAGCCCUAACGCGACGCUAGGGGGCGUUUCCUCCUACUUCUGCGGGCUGCCCAGCGGGUGUAUCCUAGGGAGGUCGCACCCGCGGCAGGUGUGCGCGCUGUGCGGGCGCAGAGUAGGCAGCAGCAACCCCGUGCGGUGUCCCAAGUGCCGGCAGCCGGUCUACUGCAACGACAAGUGCCGCAGCAGACACUUGCCUGCACACAGCCAGUCAUGCGCGGCUGCCAGUCCAGCCUGGGUUCGCAGGGGCUCAAGCCGCGACCCUGACACUGUGCCAUCACAAUCACAAGCACAAUCACAAGCCCAAGCCCAAGCCCGGCCAACACAGGCACCUUCCGCUGGAAACCCCCCCACCUCCAUCCCCCCCGCCUUCUCCACCUCCUCCGCCUCCUCCCCCUCCCUUGCCGCCGCUGACGCCCCCGGAGCCCCUCCUGCGCUGGUAGCUUCGUCAGAGCAGUGGGCAGAAGCAGCUGGCAGUCAAAUGGAUGCAUCUGGCGCGCCUGCGGCUCCUGUCUCCCACCCCUCGCUUCCUGCUGCUGCCGCUGGUGUCGCUGCUGCCGCUGCUGCUGCUUCUUCUUCUCCUUCUGACCCGUCCGCUGCUACUGGCAGCAGCAGAGCGCCAGCUGUCGUGGCCCCCCCUGUGUCACCGUCCCUCGUGUCCAAGUCUCCUAGAGCGCCCUUCUUCCUGUCGCCCAGGCUAUCAGGGGCUGGCGGGAAAGUCGAGGCACCAGGGGGAGUAGGGGCAGCAGGGGCAUCAGUGGCGAGAGAUGGUGCAGAAGCAAGAGGUGACGCUAAAGUCAAGGGGAAGGAGGAGGAGCGGCAGGCGCAAGGGCAGGGGCAGGAGGGGCAGGGGCAGGGGCAGCAGCAAGGAGGGGGCACAGUUGGAGCAGGGCAGGAGGAGGCGGAUUCAGGGUCGCAGGUGUGGCAGUCGCCCGGCAUUGACCCGUGCCUUGUUGGCGCUGCAUAGUGAGCAGAAAUGCGAGAUGGGCGGGACGUGGUGCUGCUGGGAUGGACUUGUGGCGCUGCUGAGUUACUGGUUACUGAAUUUCUGGGUCCCUGAGUCACUGGGUUACUGGGUUGCCACAGGAAUGGGUUGCCGGAUUGUGGCAGUGAGAUGCUGGAGCAAUGGAAGGGCAUGGAGCAGUGGGGUGGAACAUUGAGCAGCGAGACCUGUGGAGCAAACUGUGGAGCAAAUGCGUUGCUGGUAUGGCAUUGCCUGGCAAUUCGGCAGUCCUAGAGGGAAUACAAGGCAAAACCAAGUGGGUAUGGGGCUUCAAGCCUUUUUUACCUUACUGGUUCUGCCUCAAAUCCAGUCCGAGUCUGCAUCCUGAGCCCUCCAACCUGACGUGCCGUGCUCUGGAUAUGCACGCACUCGUUUGUCGUGGCCCAACUAGGCCCAGACUCCUUCGCACCAAGUCUCACCGCCAUGGCAUGCCACUCGCUGGUGGCCUUUGUUCCGUCCGGGCAUCUUCAUGCACUCGCUGGCAUCGGCCAGGGGUGCUAUGUCCCUUAGUCCUCUCCACUAAACUGGCCGGCCCGGCCUGGUUCCAUUCUCAAGUGUGUGUUUGUGGCAUGCCUAGUUCCUUCGCCCAGUGUGGCCUCGUGACUGGAGCCAUGCUGCUGUUGCUGCAUGGGUAACUGUGGUUUCAGGAGACAUGGGGAGUGUGUUGCUGCUCUGUGGGGGGGGGAUACUGGCUCCUAUGCUGCUGUUGCUGCUGCUGCUGCAGCCAUGGGAAGAGUGCGUCCCGCCAACAAGGAUCUCCGAACUCUGACUGACCUUAUGACCUUACCAAUCUUCAUGGCACCCUGAACCAACAGGGGUCUUAUCUGCUCCAGCUUUUUGGUGACCCACUUGCUUCAGUCUGAGUGUUGUCUAGCAGCAAUAUCACCUAACAAUGUUUGUGUGUGAUCGGUCAGGAGUGCUUACAGUUAGCCUGUGAGGUGCUUGUGCGUAUGCGGGUGUGAGCGUGUGAGUGGUGUGCUAGUGUAUGAUUUUUGUGUGUAACAUUCUGCCAGAGCUCUCUGGUGUGCCAAUCAUACUAAUUUCACUCCC